CAGCCUGUACACACAAGUGCUCUCAGAGGCAGCAGCAUUCACCCACGCCGGCGCCUGUGCUUGAGCAAUUUGUCCUCUUCUCCUCUCUCCAAGCCGGCCGCUUUGGCUUCACAUCCAUCUCCUCCCUUCACAGCGCCGAACGUUCGGGCGGUACGACCACGAAACGAACCGGAAAAGAUGGCGGAAGCUCCCAAGCCUAGCAGCAGCGUCAAGCUGGUGCUCCUCGGCGAGGCCGCGGUCGGAAAGUCAUCUCUGGUCUUGCGAUUCGUCAACAACGACUUUCAGGAAAAUAAAGAGCCGACUAUUGGUGCGGCGUUUUUGACGCAGAAAUGCAACCUCCCCACCCGGACUAUCAAGUUUGAGAUCUGGGAUACGGCCGGCCAAGAGCGGUUUGCGUCUCUGGCCCCCAUGUACUAUCGAAAUGCCCAAGCUGCCCUUGUCGUCUACGACAUCACCAAGCCUACAUCGCUCGUAAAGGCCAGACACUGGGUCGCUGAGCUCCAGCGACAAGCCUCGCCCGGAAUCGUCAUCGCGCUGGUGGGAAACAAGCUAGAUUUGGCUGGCGAAUCGCAGAGCACAAGCGAAGAAGGCGACGGCGAAGACGGCGGUGAUGCCCGCAAGGUGCCGACAGAAGAAGCUCAGUCAUAUGCUGAAGAAGAAGGCCUGCUAUUUUUCGAAACGAGUGCCAAGACCGGCCACAACGUCACCGAAGUUUUCACAGCCAUUGCAAAUGCGAUCCCGGAGACAUCCUUGAAGAGCACCAGAGGUUCCGGCGCAGCAGGCACGGCCAACAGGGCCGGAGAGGAGCAGAGAGUGAAUUUAUCAGGACCAAGGGAUGCGGGUGCAAAGGACGGGUGUGCCUGUUAGAUGAGGGCUGUGUGCUGCUGUUGUUGUCGCUUUGCCAGUGCUAACGCUGCUGCGCUACCAUAAGACGAGGUCGGAUUUGUUGUGGCAUGCCAUUCGGGAGUAAGAGUCUUGCGUUUCGGGAGUCAUUCAUGUGUUUUAGCUCAGUGCGCCAUAUCGUUUAUUAUUUUAGACGUCUAGUUUUUGCUACAAUAGUACCUCGCUAACGCUUGCCUGGAUGUUGUUGUGAUUGCCGUUUAUGAUGAGAUCUACAUAUACAUAUAGCAUCG